AUGCAUUACCACUCCACGACCACUCCCCAAAAUGGUGUUCAUAGUCCCACUGGGGGGGUCAUGUCCAGCGGACAGAAGCGCCAAGUCAGCACGAACAGCGGCUCCACAGUCGCACCGUACACACUAAAUCCGUUCCACGAUGUGUGUCGACCGGUCAAGAUGGUCAUUGAUCCGCCGGGAGUCGCUGGCAGUCUCAGCUUUGUCGAUGAUGACGCCGCCGACGGCCCGCUUGGGUCGGACGAAGUCAAGAUCCGAGGGCUCUCAUUCGCUCUAAACCCAGCUAUCCUCGGGAGCAACAACGAUUCAGCCGGACUGGUAGACUGUGCCGGCGUAGUUACAUCUCUGGGAUCAGACAUGAAGGACGCGUUUCGUAUUGGGGACCGGGUGUGCUGCUGGAACGCUAGCGCCGCCGUUGCUAGUCAGACCCGGGCCAAGGGCUGCUUCGUGCAAAGACUCCCGCCGUCCUGGUCAUUCAAGACGGGUGCUGCGCUUCCCCGGAUUUUGUCCCUUGCUUACUACGGCCUCCAGGAUUGCGCGCAAGUCGAGUCCGGUCAGACCGUGCUGGUCAAAGGUGCGAGCGAGCUGCUUGGCCAAGCCGUGACUCUUGUGGCCACUCUCCUUGGCCUUAAGGUUGUCGCAAUUGUUGGGACGGAUACUGAAAAGCAGGCAUUGCUGUCAAACUCUGGGGCCCAGCCUGCUCACAUCUUUUAUUCCAACGACAUUGCUCUCCCAGACGCGCUGCUACGCUUAACGAGAGGAGCCGGGCUCGACGCUGUCCUCAAUGCCUCGUCAACUGCUCUUCCGGAAGAUCUGAUAAAGUCAGUCGCGCCUUUCGGCACCGUCGUUGACAUGAAUGGUCGCAGCUUGUUUUCGCCCGCUUCCGACCGCUCCGUCAAGCGCGUAUCCUUUGAUGCCACCCAGCUGUUCCGAUACCGUCCCUUUCUUGCUAGUGCCGCCUUCAAGUCAAUCUUGUCUCUGCUUCCGGACGAGGACAUCGGUAGCGUCUUCCCGUUAGCAACGGUAUCCAUAGCCGAUGCGCUCUCGGCCCUCCAGAUCGUAGAAAGCCAAACGCAGGCAGCUAAGAUAGUGCUGUUGGCCGACGACGACGCGAUAGUGAAGAUAAAAGCCAGUACUGCGCCGAAGAAGGUUUUUACAGAAUUUGAGCGUUUGGCCCGGGCCAUCGCCAAUCUCUCUGUCCCGCAAGAGCAAAAGCGUAGGCUGCUUGCUUUGAUCACAAUAUCGCAGCCGUCCGCCACGGAACCCGAGGUAGCUGACCGCUCGACCCCAGAUCACGAUGGGGCAAGCGCGGAGCGACAUCUGGCGGCUGUUUCAAGCAUGUCCGAAGCACGCCGAGUCGUAUUAGACGAGCAACUCAGGAAGCUGGUCUCGCUCGUGGCCAUCAGCGCCGAUCAGGUUAAUCUUCACGAACCUCUGGUGGAUCUCGGGCUCGAUUCUCUGAUCGUGACCGACUUCAAGGACUGGCUAGGAAGCAAACUCGGAGCUGAGGUGGCCAUGCACGAAGUGACGAAUGCCCCAGGACUUGUGGCUUUGGCAGAGUUAGUGGCGCAGAGGUCCAAGUUCGUCCCAGACGGCCUUCCAGAGGAAACUACCCUCACUCAGGCAAGUGAAGUCGAGACUGUCUCCAGGCUGCCGAAAUCCCCAACGCUGCUCACAAAUGGCGCGGUGAAUGGCGUUGGCAGCGGGACAGUCCACCAGGACGCAGGCAUGAAUGGUAACCCCCCCUUCGUCCCGAACCCGUUGCCCAAGUUUCCCUUGCCCGAGAUCAAUGCGUUAUGCAAUGCGUUCCUCACUGGCGUCAAGGCAUUCGCAACACCGGCAGAGUUCAACAAUACCAUUGCGGCUUGCGAAGAUUUCAAGCGAGCAGGCGGUCCCGGUCGACUGAUUUACGACCGUGCCGCAGCUCGAGCGGCGGACCCAGCCAUCGAAAACUGGGAAUGGGAGCUACAGCUUCAACGCGGCUUUCUGGAUCGUAGAGUGUCGCUUACUCCGUUCACCAGCUUCUGGAUGGGCCAUCCCUUCAGCCACCAGCCGCACUCCCAAGCCGAACGAGCCGCGCUUCUCGCAUGUACGGUGAACAACUUCAAACUGAAGCUAGAGGCGGGGCACGUCGGGCCGGUGGUGCUGAACCAGCAGGAGCUGACCACAGCGUUCUACCCCUGGAUAUUCAACGCCGUGCGCGUCCCCGGCAUCCCCAGCGAUGCCAUGCAAAGGCAUCCGAACAACAACUAUUGCAUCGUCUUCUGGCGAGGGCACGCCUUCAAGCUCAGUCUCUCCGUGGGGAGCCGACCGGCUACGUACCCAGAGCUGCACGCCGCAUUCGAGCUACUGCUAAGUCAGUCAGUGGCGCGUUCCUUCGUCAGCAUCCUCACGUCGGACAACAGGCCCUCAUGGGCCAAAGCGAGACAGCAGCUCCAACGGCUGGACCACCAGAAUGCCGUGAGCAUCGCCGCCAUCGAAGCCGCCGCCUUCACCGUCUCCCUGGAUGAAGCAGCUCCGGAAAACGUGGCCGAGCGGAGCCGACAGUUUCAUCUAGGAGGCGAGAGCGAUGCCGCCAACCGCUGGCACGACAAGUCUCUUCAGUUCGUCGUGUGCCGCAAUGGCAUCUCGGCCACACUUGGUGAGCACAGCAUGCUGGAUGCCUUGACGCUGAGACCCCUGAGCGAUGCCAUAGGCGCCGCCAUCACCAACGAUGCUGAAGCAGGUGUGCGCGCCCCGGCGGCCGCCACGCGUGCUGCCGUUAUGCCCGAGCUUCUGCCGCUCAAGACGGACGCGACGCUGGAAGCGCUCAUUAGCAAAGUGCGAGCCCAAUAUGCUGACACCACCAAGGACGCCGACCAUGCCGUGUUCCUCUUCGAGGGCUUUGGCUCUACUGUGCUGCGGGCACAGAAGCUGUCUCCGAAGAGCGUGUUCCAGAUGGUCAUCCAGUUGGCGGGCUAUUCCAUCUUCGGGGAGUUGACACCGUGCUUUGAAAGCGUCAACCAGGCGCACUACCACCUCGGCCGCGUCGACAUCAUUCAGGUUGUCAACACCCAGGUCGCAGCGUUUGUGAAGGCGGCACGCGACCCGGCGGUGGACAUGGCGGAGCGCCGCAGCCUGCUCAUCAACGCAACCCGCGCACACGUCGCCUCUGUCGCCAAGGCGGGCAGAAACGCCGGCUGGGAGCGCAACCUGACUGCGUUGCGUGCCCUCCUGAACAAGGGCGAGCCGGUGCCGGCCUUGUUCGAGGACCCAAUUUACAAAAGAGUGCGGCCGAGAUUGAUGAUGAGUAACUGCUUCGAGACGGGAAUGCUGGACAAAGGGUGCAUGUGGAAGGAUCCCAAUGCCAUAUGGAUGCAUUAUGAGGUUUACGAGGAAUGUGUUCACUUCACAGUCGUGACUUCGGCUGCCCGCCGUGCAACGCAGUUUUGCCAGCAUUUGAAAGAGGCGACUGAACUUGUUAAACAAAUGAUUUUCCUAGAGUAA